UGUUAGAUUAGCUAAAAUAGUGACCUGUUGAUGUCAAAUAACUAGAACCAGAAGCAAAAUCAAUGAGAACAAACAAGCACACGGUCAUCGUGGGUUAGUUGAGAGACCAAGAAGAGCUUCGAAAGAAAAACCAGAAGAACGUUUCUCGCGAAACUGUUAGUACAAAUCAUGGUUGGUUAUCACCGUCGUGUCGCGGCACUGCUGUGUUUGCUACUUGUUCUUCAUGAAUUUGGACCUGCGCACUUCGCUCAUGUCAAGCCUCCCAGUGAUAGCACCUUAGAUGAAGUCGAUCAAAACCCUCGAACAAAGGAACAAGAACAAGAGGCGGAGAAAGAUAAACCCGUCGAGGACGAAAAGAAACACGAGGGACAGAAAAAACAUCAUGGGAAUAAAGAACACGAAGGAAAAGAGCAUCAAAAAGAGCAUGGACAAGCAAACAAGCGAGGAUUUGGGUCUGUGGUAAAGAACAUUAUCAAGGUAGCAAAAGUAGGAAAUGAAAUCAUCCCUAAGAUGGUAGUACUGGCGAGUAUUGGCAAUACAAUUUUCCGUGCAAUAGCUGGUUGUUGUGCUGACUAUCCAAAGGCGUGUGAGGGGAAUGAAGAAAUAUCAGAACUCAGGACUAACAUUUCCAGCAAGAGUGAAGAACUUGAUAGGAUUCAGUCCGAAGCGAAGGACCUUCAAGAAUGGAUAGAAUCUACUAGUGACGAGUUCGCAACUGUUUUGUUCAAGUUGAAUUCCAUCGUAGACAACGCUGACACGCUCGUGAGGUCAUUGUCACCAGCCGUACAGCAAGCUAUUGAGAGACAAACCACUGAGAUCAAGAAACUUGUGCGCAAGAACAAAGAGUCAGGAAAGGAAAUUGAUUUUAUCGAGGUCCAAGAGAUGUACGACUCAGCGAUCAAGAUUGCCCUAGGAAUAGCCCUUCCGGUCAUUACUGUUGUCAUCCCUACCAUCCCUAAAUUAGUCAAGUUUGCCGAGACCAAAAUGGGACUCAGGAAUUCCUACACGCUUGACGAUUCAUUGUCCAACGCCCUAAAGAAGCCCCCAGCAACAAGUUCAAAAGCCAAGGUUCUCAAAAGUUGGCUAGGCAAAACCAAAGUGAGGAUAGAUGAUAAACUGGAAUCCUUUAGGACUACUCUGAACACAAAAUAUGGAGGAGCCGUCAAAGUUAUGCAGAACAUAGGUUCUGGUUUGGUAUUGAUAUUGGGCUACGUUGGAUCAG